AUGGGCCAAUAUCAAUCGACCGGCCAAAAGGUCUCCGGCCAGGAGACCCAGAAGGUCGACUACUACGAGCUGCUGGGAGUGACCCCCGGGGCAACGGACGACGAGAUCAAAAAGGCCUAUCGAAAGAAAGCCCUCGAGCUGCAUCCUGACCGGAACUAUGGGAAUGUCGAGGAGGCCACCAGACUGUUCGCCGAGAUCCAGUCCGCAUACGAGGUGCUAGCGGAUCCCCAGGAGCGAGCAUGGUACGACUCUCACAGCGACGCCUUCCUGGGCACCAACCGAGACGCCGGGGCCGACCAACACUCAUACAAUGUCCGCAUUACCACCGCCGAAGAUAUCCUCAAGCUCUUCUCGAAAUUCAGCCCGCGCAUGGACUUCUCCGAUUCCUCGGCGGGCUUCUUUGGCGGUCUUCGCGAGCAAUUCGAUCAGCUGGCACUGGAGGAAAGGAUAGCAUGCCAAUGGGAAAACCAAGACACGGUGGAUUAUCCCUCCUUCGGGAGCCGCGAUGAUGAUUUUGAGGACAUAGUGCGGCCCUUCUAUGCUGCCUGGAGCGCGUUUUCCACCAGGAAGUCCUUUGCUUGGAAGGACGCAUACCGCUACUCCGAGGCCCCUGAUCGUCGCGUGCGGCGCUUAAUGGAAAAGGAGAACAAGCGACUUCGAGAGGAGGGCAUUCGCGAAUUCAACGAUGCCGUCCGGUCUCUGGUGGCCUUCGUCAAGAAGCGCGAUCCGCGAUACAAGAUUAAUGCACAAAACGAAGCUCAACGCCAGGAAACUCUACGCCAGUCCGUGGCUGCCCAAGCCGCCAGGUCCCGCGCGGCCAAUCAGGCCAAGAUGCGCGAUCAUGUCAUGCCGGAAUGGGCUCGGACGGAGGAGGAACCCGAGGAAGAGGAAGAAGAAAGCUCCGAAGGUGAAGUCGAAAGCUUUGAAUGUGUGGCAUGUCACAAGCAAUUCAAAAGUCAGAAGCAGUUUGAGGCACAUGAACGGAGCAAGAAGCAUCUAAAGGCCGUGAAGCAGCUCUGCCGCGAGAUGAGAGCGCAGGAUCGAGAGCUGGACUUGAACGACGCUGUCUCUCCGUCCCAGCUCACAGUGGCCAGUGAUAACGAUGAACACCCCAUCGCAGUUGAUGCCAGUGUGAACGAUUCUUGGGAGAUUGCAUCUGUGGAUUCCGAUGAACAGUUGGAUGCAGCGCCUGGUCUGCGUGAGGACGAGGACGAGAAUAAUGUGGCCUCUAAGUCACCACACCUCCCCCUGGAUCAGGAUUCAUCCAGUGAUGAUGCCGAUUAUGCGUCUCGGGAAGCUGUCGAGAGAAGGCUUCACUCCGACGCGUCCGAGGCCGAAGACUCGAUGACCACCUUAUCUCGACAACUGUCCUCGUCUGGGCUGGGUGAACCAGAGCCUCCGGCCAAGGUAGGCAAAGCCAAGCAGAAACGGGCCAAGAAAGCGCUUCAAAAGUCCACCGAGUCAGCUGAAUCGGUAUGCACAAGUUGCAAUGAAACUUUUUCCUCGAAAACGAAACUGUUCGCACACAUCAGGGAAUUCCCCGACCACGCACAGCUAAAGAAGUCUACGGGUGGGAAGGGAAAGAAAAGACGGUAA